CUUAUGACGUCACCGAACACAUGUGUUCAUUGUAGUAGAGUGUUUUGGUUUUGUUUAGAUAGGUUUUAGCUUAAAAUGGGUUUUGGUAGUCUCUGAACCUAAAAAAUCAUUAUGCAGGUAUCAAAUCCAAACAAUAUUAAAAUCUACAAUUUGAGCAGCGGAAAGUCCUUACCUGAGUUCAUCACUGAUAAGAAGAAACGAUCACUCCAGAAGAAAGAUGUUGAUCUCAGGAGAAGAAUUGAACUUAUUCAAGAUUUUGGGAUGCCUACUGUCAGUACCACUGUAAAGAUGUCUCCAGAUGGGCAAUAUAUCUUUGCUACAGGAACGUACAAACCCAGAGUAAGGUGCUAUGAUGUCAAUCAUUUAUCAGUUAAGUUUGAAAGAUGUCUGGAUUCUGAAGCUGUUGCGUUUGAUAUUUUAUCGGAAGAUUAUUCCAAGCUUGUGUUUUUACUGAGUAAUCGAACAAUUGAACUGCACACACAGCAAGGGAGGCACUACAGUGUACGGAUGCCAAAGUUUGGCCGGGAUUUGUGUUACCACCCAGCUAAUUGUGACCUUAUGCUUGUUGGUGCCGGAUCUGAGAUUUACCGUUUGAAUCUUGACCAAGGAAGGUUCUUAAAAUCUUAUGCAACCAGUUCACCUGAAUUGAAUUGCGUAACAAUCAACCCUGAGCAUCAUCUAGUGGUGGUUGGUGGGGUGGAUGGAAGAGUCGAAUGUUGGGAUCCAAGAUCAAGACAAGCAGUUGGUGUCUUGGAUUGUAGCACUUCACUACAACAUUGUGUGACAGAUGAUGUUGUUCCAAAAGUAACUUGCUUGAAAUAUAAAGGACCACUCAACUUGGCUGUUGGAACAAGUACUGGACAGGUGAUGUUAUACGACAUACGUAGCAACCGACCAUAUGUGGUGAAGGACCACAGAUAUGAACUUCCAAUUAACUCUAUUGCGUUUAAUGACGAUAAUGGAAUUGUAAUCUCAUCAGAUUCGAGAGCUGUUAAACUAUGGAAAGAAAAUACGGGUGAAGCUGUUACUGCCGUAGAAAUGGAGUCGGAUAUCAACAACAUGUAUGUGGUCGAUAACUCAGGUCUCUUCUUUCUUGCAAACGAAAGCCCAAAGAUUCAUUCCUACUUUAUUCCUAUGCUUGGACCAGCACCCAAAUGGUGUUCAUUCUUGGACAAUAUAACAGAAGAAAUGGAAGAGAAUCCUGUCCAAGAAAUUUACGAUGAUUACAAAUUCCUUACACAGAAAGAAGUGCAAACAUUAGGGUUAUCCAAUCUUGUUGGCACAUCAUUAUUACGAGCAUACAUGCACGGUUACUUCAUUGAUAUUCGACUUUACCAUAAAGCAAUGGCUGUUGCGAACCCGUUCGCUUACAAGGAGUAUCGAAAACGAAAAAUAGAAGAAAGGGUUGAAGAGGCAAGAGCUAACAGAGUUCAUGUUAAGAAACUUCCAAAAGUAAAUCGCCACCUAGCGGACAGAUUGAUGACACGAGCAGCUGAUGAAGAAUUAAAGAGUGGAAAGAAGAAAAAAAUGAAGAGGGAAGCAGCGAACCUUCUUGAUGAUCCUCGCUUCAAAUCCAUGUUUGAGGAUCCAAACUUCCAAGUUGACGAAGAAUCCGAAGAAUUCAAGCUCCUCAAUCCUGUCGUUUCAAAACAAUUCGAGAAAACAAAAGCUAAGGAAGAAAAACUUGCUCAGUUUCCCAAAAUACAGGAGGAUAGUGAUGGUGAUCACGGGAGUCAUGAUGAGAGUGAUGACUUUGCAUCAUCUGAUGAGGAAGAUAAAAAAUGGGUGAAAGAGGCGAAAAAGUCCAAGCAAAAGAGUAAAUCUGCUCCUCAGCGACCUCUUGUGGACAAGCAGCAGCAAAAGAAAAUGAGUAAACCACAAAUCUUCCACCUCAAAGAUGACGUUGAUCCAGGAAAACCUUUCACUCUCCAAGAUCUUGAUAAAUUGGGAUGUGAGGAAGCGAACCAGAAACGUGAAGCCAAAAAAAGUGCAACGCUUGAGGAGCGAGUGAGAGAAAGUGAGAAAAAAGGAGGAAUCUCUCGUCUCGUACAUUCUGACCUCACUUCCGGUGGAAAGCAAGCGACUUUCCGCAUGAACAAAGUAACCAAGGAAUCGGUUCGUAAAGAUCUAGAAAAGGAACACAGAGACGAACGUAGAAGGAUACGAAGACCAGCCUCAAAACUAAAAACAGCAAAACGGAAAAAUUCGUUUUUUAAAUGAAAUUCCGUUCCUGGCAAUUCAGAGGCUGUGAGCAAUACGUGACCACUUAAAGAUCCGGAUAAAUCUGGUUCCAUCCGGUUUACCAACUAACUGCUACGUGGUUCGUCGAGAUCUCGUCUUAUUUUUUCUCUAAUAAAAAACUCUACCAGCUAUUUAGGUCAACAGGAUAGCUAUGGAAACAAAUUUGACUUCGAAUAACAUAAUUUACGUCUGUAUUUGUUUGCAGAAAGCGGCAGUUUCGUAUUAUUCCCCACGAACUGUUCAAUUGUGGGGUCAUCGCCACGAGAAUUGCUGCUUUAUUUAUUUGUACCACAAUUAAGUUCGUCGUGGGGUGACCGUCACCAGCUCAGUUUGACUUGUAAAGCACUCCUAGAACAUCACGUUGCAUUAGCACUACAGUUAGUUGCGUAAAAGAUUUAGGUCUUCACUGCUUCGUCAUUCUGCAACUUAUUAAUAGAGUUUUAAUGAAAAAGG